UUUUUUUCCUCUUCUUUUUCUUUUUUCAAAUAAUGUCUGUCUCUAUUACUGAAAAACGCCGUGUUGCUAUUGCUUAUGAUGGUAGUGAUGAUGCCCGUAAGUUAUUUGACUGGUCUGUCAAGAACAUCAUUCGCCCUGAUAGUGACCAUAUCAUUUUACUCUCGGCUGUUCAUCGCAACGAGAAAUCCAAUGGAGGUGUCUUUCCAAGUGUCCGAAGACUCUCCAGUGGAAGUGGCCAUCACAAAGACAAUGAUGAUUUACCUAUGCUCUCUACCACAGCCACAAAAGUAGAAGAAGCCCUGAAAGAAACCGAAAAUCAUCCUCAAGGUCAAACAGCCCGUCAACGUCUGGAAGACAUGUCUGCUCGUCUUCGUCAACUGAACAUCUCAAGUGAAGAACAUAUCCUCUGGGGUGAGGCAAAGACAUUGAUUCCUCGUUAUACAGAAGCACAUAAGGUUGAUCUGUUGAUUAUGGGAUCAAGAGGAUUAGGUGCAGUCAAGAGUGUCUUUUUGGGUUCUGUCUCUGACACUUGCUUAAAGGAAUGUCCUUGUCCUGUCUUGGUUGUAAGACAUGCUACCAUUUAAUUCAUGGGUUUAUUGUUAUUAUUAUUAUUAUUAUUAUUAUUAAAGCUUUAAUUUCGAAACCCUU